AUGACGGAUUCUCAAGAUGGUGCUGCUAUUGUCAUCGAUAAUGGGACAAUGUAUACCAAGGCCGGGUUUGCUGGUGAUAACGGCCCGCGCACGGUUUCCCCGACAAUUGUGGGCUAUGAUGGAGGAUUCGAGAACAACGCAUACGUUGGCGAUAGUGCCGGCCCGAUCAAGCGUGGAUUGAUCACCAACUGGGAUGAUAUGGAGACGAUCUGGAGCCACACCUUCGCCACUGGGCUUCAAGUUGCUCCGGAAGAGCACCCGGUUCUCUUGACCGAGCGCUCGCUUAACCCCAAGGAGAACCGAGAGAAAACCACGCAGAUUAUGUUUGAAACUUUUAAAGUCCCAGCAUUUUAUCUGGGGAUUGACGCUGUCUUAGCUCUGUACGCAUCCGGUCGUACGACUGGUCUGUCUGUUGAUUGUGGCCAUGGCUCCACUGACUGUGUCCCGGUCUAUGAGGGAUCUGCAUUGUACCAUGCCAUUUCUCGGAUGGAUGUAGGCGGAGAUGAGAUAACGAAAUAUCUCAUGGACCGAUUGGGCGGAAAUGCCCUCAGUCCUGAUAUAUUCGCGGACAUGAAAGAGAAGCACUGCUCCGUUGCACUUGAUUUCGAACAGGAGUCUCAGCGGAAUGCUCAGCAUAGCUACGAGCUGCCUGAUGGGCAAAUGAUAGAAAUGGGAGCGGAGAUAUUCCGGGCCCCUGAAGUCCUCUUCCGGCCGUUCAUGAUUGGUCUUAACACCCCUGGCAUUCAUGAGCAGGCGUAUAAUUCUAUCUUCAAGUGCGACCUUGACAUUCGGAGGGAGCUAUAUGGCAAUGUGGUUCUGGUAUUCUGGAGGCACUUCAAUGCUGCCUGGUAUAGUGGACCGACUACACCAAGACCUGGCCGCUCUCAGCCCGCCAACUAUGAAGGUGAACGUUGUCGCUCCCCCGGAGCGAGAGUACUCGGCCUGGAUUGGAGGUUCGAUGUUGGCGUCAAAGCCACAUUCCAAAGUCAUUGGGUAACUAAGGAGGCAUAUGAUGAAUCCGGUCCUGGUAUUGUCCAUAGGGUGUGCUUUUGA